UGAAGAAUGCAAAGGGAAGAAAGGUGCGGGGGAGGGGGAUCUUCUCGGUUUUCCUCUGUUCUUUCUACAUCCAUCCAAGCAUGAUGUUGUCUCCAGUUCCUGGUCGCGUCCAGCUGCGCGCAUGCAAGAUUCACCGCAUCCAGCACCUGCUCAAUUCGACGCACCGCACAGGAAUCGCGGCUCGUUACCAACGCAGCCUCACCACCUCGUCUCCGUUGAGACCAACCACCUCUUCUCCCCUCAACGCAUCAAUGGCGCCCCCUUUCUUCCGCAGAAUUUUCAGCCAUGGACGCAAAUCCAGAUCAACCGAGUCCGAGCCCCAGCCGGAACCCGCCUCCUCACCGCGCCCCACCAUGCCCGACUGCACCUCCGACGAUACCAAGGUCGACAAUGGCCUCCACCAGAACUCGCAGCGCGAGCGCGAAGCGACAGAAGCCAGUUCCCAAACCGCCAUUUUUGAUCGCGAGGCUGAGGUGGCUGAGCCGAUGUUCUUUCUCAAGGCCAACUUCCCCGAGGACGACGGAUUCCGCUACACAUUUCCGCCGUUCCGUCGUGGCACAAGCUACACCAGAAAAGAAGGCGGGGAGGAGGUGGUGGUUACCAUUCCGGAGCGCCAUAUUUCAAUAAUCCAGGCUUCUCGCUUCAGCAACUCCCAGAUCCGAGUCAACGGCAUCAAACAGAACGGCACCGCAUGCCUCGUCGUCGCCACGUCAGAAGCUUUGAGCGAGGGCGCCGUCGACGCCGUGAAGCAGUUCCUGCUAGGAUAUUUCGCCCUUCUGCAGGAUCUUGAGCACGACGUGGAGGGGUGUAUGGGGGUGGUGUUUGUUGGGGGCAAGAUCGGGAUUUACGAGUACUCAAGUACGAAGGGCUUGCACUCUCCGCCGGAGCAGGUCGUGAGGGCGACGAUGGAGAAGUACCAUCAGAUGCACGAGACGUUUGGCUUUUCACCACCACGAGACCUUCUGCCCGAGUCUCAAUCCAUGCCCCGAUACUGGCAACCCGAGGGCGAACGCGAGCGCGAGGCGACAGAAGCCAACCCCAAGACCAAGGUCUUUGAUCCCAAGAUCAAUGAUUCUGGCACUGGGCUUGGGUUGCAAUCGCCGUCCAUCUAUCUCAUGGCCAACAUGCCCGAGGACGAUGGAUUCGUCCAUACAUACCCACCGACCACUCGGGACAUACGCUACACCAAAAGAGAAGGCGGGGAGGAGGUGACGGUCACCAUUCCGCGGGACCGGACGUCCUUGUGUCUCGCUACGAAGACCGGUCAGUCCACGCCUGCGUGCAUCGGUUUGGCCGCGGUGCUACCCGCGGAAGAAGAUCUGAGCGAGAAUGCCGUCGACGCCAUAAAGCAGGCGCUACUGGAAUAUAUCCUGCUACAGGAUCCUGUUGUGACGUAUUGUAUCGCGGUGGUGUUCAUUGGGGGCAGGACCGGGACUUAUUGGUACGUGAGGGAGGAGGGCCUCCACCUGUCCGAUUUCCCGGAGCAUAUCGCAGAGUCUGGGAUGAAGACGGACCAGUAUCUCCGACUACAGCUCGGGUUUCCUCCACGAUACCUUCUGCGCGACUCCCGAUCCGAGCCCCAACCCGAGCACGCCCUCUCCCCAAGGCGCGAAGCAAACAACCCCGCCUCUUCCCAAUAUCUGCGCGAUAUGCCCCUGAGGAUACCGCUUGCCAUUUUCCAGACUCUCUGGCCCAAAGAGAGGGGAUUCGGCCACGUGGACCUGGGGUACCUGGAGCGAGACAUCCACUACAUCGAGCGCAACGAGGUCGGGGAGGAGGUGUCGGUGACGAUCCCGUGGAAAGACACGCGGCUGUACGUGGCUGUGAACCUGAACCUCACCGUUCCACAAGCCAUGUGCGUCGUCCUGUACGCGAUGCCACCAGCGGUCACGAGCAGCGGUGGGCCCAACAAUGCAGAGACGCCCUGGGGACGGGGCAUAAGUGACGUGGCCAUGGGGGCCGUGAUGUACGAGCUGGAGGCGGUCAUCAAGCAGUUCCUGGACGCGGGCUACAAUGGAGGUCACCGGUGGGAUGAGAUAUAUGUGGACGGGUGCGUUGUGCUGUCGAUCAUGGGGUUGCGGAUGGUGUCUGGCCAUUAUUAUACGAAAAAGGGUUUCGUGUGGUUCCAGACCGCUCCAGUGGUCACAGAGGAACAUGGGCUUGCGCAGGCCUUGGACCCUGCCCAUUACAAUCGAGUCUUGUGAGCGGAAGAGAAUGGCCUGGAUAUCGGGUGUCAAAAUCGAUGGCGGCAUGUGUUGUAGGAUAAUAGUAAAGUCCGAGUCACUCCUCAGCUCAAACAUUUCAUGAUCUCUGCUCCUUGCGUGU